AUGGACCAGCACGGCGCUGGAAAACCCGCUGCCCAUGGUGACGUUGGCCAAAGUCUCCUCCGUGCUGCACGUGCCGGUGAUUCGAAAAAAAUUUCAGACCUCAUUGCUUCAGGCGUUGAUGUCAAUUACACAAAUCCCACCGGCCUCACAGCCCUGCAUCUGGCCGCCAAAGAAGGCCAUGCGCUGGUUGUCAAGCAACUCCUCGUCAAUGGUUCCGAUGUGAAUGCAGCCUCGAAAAAGGGCAACACUGCGCUACACAUCGCAUCGCUUGCUGGUCACCACGAUGUUGUCAAGGCCCUCCUAGACGCCAACGCUAAUGUCAACUGUCAGUCCCUUGUCGGAUUCACCCCAUUGUACAUGGCCGCUCAGGAGAACCAUCUGGAUGUCGUCAAUCUGCUGUUGAACAAAGGUGCCAAUCAAUCACUGACUACCGAA